AUGGCAAAUGUAGUCUUGAUCGGAUCUACGGGCAUGGUGGGCUCACAAAUCCUCACCAGCCUCCUAUCCAAUACAGCUGUCAAACAUGUUGACACAAUAUCCCGCCGUACCCCUCCAGCCGCCACUGCAGCUCAAACCAAACUCACCACCUUUAUCUCCGACGAAAGCUCAACCUGGGCUGGUCAACUUUCUGCUCUGCAGCCCACUCCUGAUAUCUACAUUUCUUCAUUUGGUACAACCAAGGCUGCAGCUGGAGGCUUUGAGAAUCAGUAUAAAAUCGACCAUGGACUGAAUGUUGAGCUUGCCCGUGCUUCCCGCGAGGCCGGCACCAAAGUUUGUGUUUUGAUUUCUGCAGCAGGGGCAAAUAAGGAAUCAUAUGUUCCAUACUCACGGAUGAAAGGUGAAAUUGAGGACGAAGUUAAGGCGCUUGGUUUCGAGCAUACUGUUAUCUUGCGCCCUGGCUUGAUUGCUGGUACGCGCGAUGAGAGCCGACCGAUCGAGGCUGGCUUCCGUUUCAUUGCUGGGUUGGCUGGAAAAGUUCAUUCGAGCUUGAAGAAUGGCUGGGCCCAGGAUGCCGAUGCUAUUGGACAAGCUGCAGUCACUGCCGGCUUGAAGGCUUUCAAUGGUGAUGCUCCUACUGGCAGUGAAAAAGUGUGGGUGAUUGAUGGUUCAUCUAUCCCCGAUCUGGCAAAGCAGAUCUGA